CAUCGACAGCGACCCUGGAUUACCUCAAGGCGGACAGCCCUCCCUGAAUCCGCAAACUCCUCCUGCAUACCUACCUACCUACCUACCUACCUCCCGACGACACGGCGCGCGACGACGGUAUCGCGAAAUUCCCCGAAACGAAAAUGGCACCGAGCGAGCCUAUGCUGCCCGCCGCGCUGGCACCACCCGAGCAUCAUGACCGUCCUCCGAGGAGGUCGUUCUCGAGCACCGACAGGCUGAGCGCCUCGGUUGCGUCUACAAACAGGUCGAGGUCGACGGUGAGGUCAUCUGGAUGGCAGGCGAAGAUGGGGCUGGGCGGUGUUGCGAGGCGGACGCUAGGCAUUUCGCUGCUGCUUGUGACGGUGCUGUUGUGGACGAUAUCCAACUUUUUGGCAUCUUAUAUCUUUUCAGAUCACUCUUACGACAAGCCAUUCUUUGUGGUGUAUAUGAAUACGUCAGUGUUUGCGGUAUCACUGAUACCGAUGUUGGUGCGGUUUCUGAUGCAGCACGGCGUCGAGGGUCUACGACGCGAGGCAAUGGUGGUCUGGAACGAGCAGAGGUACGGCAAGGACCUCAAGACGGCCGAGGACGAGGAAGACACGGUGGCCGGGGAGCGCCUGCUGGUGGACGACGAGCCGAGCCUGGAGAUGGAAGGGUUCGAGACGACGACGAGGGUGGAGCGGCUCACGUUCCGGGAGACGGCCGUCAUCAGCCUCGAGUUCUGCAUGCUGUGGUUCUUUGCAAAUUAUUUCGCGUCGGCGUGUCUCGAGUACACGAGCGUUGGGAGCGUGACAAUCCUCAACUCGACGAGCAGCGUGUGGACGCUCGUCUUCUGCGCCGUGAUGGGGGUCGAAGGGUUCACAGCGCGCAAGCUGAUUGGCGUCCUGGCGUCGCUGACUGGUAUUGUGCUGAUAUCGACGGUGGACCUGUCCGGGUCGAGCGACGAGAACCGCGGGUCGUUCCCGCACAAGACGACGGGCCAGAUUGCCAUUGGGGACCUGAUGGCAUUUGUGAGCGCCAUCAUCUACGGACUCUACGUGACUGUGAUGAAGAGGCGGGUAGGCAACGAAGAUCGGGUGAAUAUGCCGCUCUUCUUUGGUCUGGUGGGACUCUUUAACUUGGUGUUCCUAUGGCCUGUGUUCUUCAUCUUGCAUUUCACGGGGAUGGAACCAUUCUCGUUCCCUCCUACGGCCAAAAUCUGGGCCAUUGUCAUUGGUAACUCGUUGUCGUCCUUCAUCAGCGAUAUGUCAUGGGCGUACGCCAUGCUGCUUACCACCCCGCUGGUCGUGACGGUCGGCCUGUCCCUUACGAUCCCUCUGUCGCUCAUUGGCGAGAUGAUUCAGUACUCACAGUAUUCGAGCUGGGUGUAUUGGGUCGGCGCGGCCGUGGUGCUCAUCUCUUUUCUCUUCAUCAACAAUGAGAGCCACGAAGACGAGUCGAGCGACAAGAGCCCCGAGGCAGGAUCCCGGGGCAUCUCGCAAUUAUAAAGGGAUGUUUCUAUAGACACACAAAGUUGUAAUUCGAGAGCAGAGAGGUGCGCAGGGGGGCGUUAGACGUGUUGCAUGGGUCACGGCGUUUACACACAAGACCGCGGUGCUUCCAGUGUUUGGAUUCCACCUGGAGCGCUGUUAUUGAGUCUGAGCUGUUUGCUCAGUCUCGUCAUUAAUACAAUCA